AGAAGAACUGCGGGCUCGAUCAGGUUUCUAUUCAAAUUUCAUCAUAGCACAAGAUGUCCAGUUUGUUUGCCGUAUUAUAUUUUGAUUUGAUUUGAAUAAUGUCAAAUACUAAGGCAAGAUACUUAUCGGCUGCUAUACAGGUUCUGUUAUUGGGAGCAUUCACAUAUUACGGCGUUAAAUGGCUAAUGGAGGCGAUGGAUCCAACACGAAAAAGUCGCAUGGCAGCACAAAAACAGGCUGAGCAGUUGUUAAAGCUAAUAGGUGCAGAUGGAGUACAGCUGAGUGAAUAUGAAUUGGCUAUUGCUGCAGAUCUGGUUGAUCCAUUGAGUCUACCAAUACAGUGGAGUCAUAUCGGGGGACUACAUGAGACUAUACAAGAUGUAAAGGAAACAAUCAUUCUGCCAAUACAGAAGAGCCACAUAUUUUCAAAAUCAAAACUGCUCAGCCCACCAAAAGGAGUUUUAUUGCAUGGUCCUCCAGGCUGUGGUAAAACAAUGAUUGCCAAGGCAACAGCCAAAGAAGCAGGUUGCAGAUUUCUGAACUUACAAGUAUCCUCUUUGACUGAUAAAUGGUACGGGGAAUCACAGAAACUUGCAGCUGCAGUUUUUUCACUGGCUUUAAAGCUUCAGCCCUGUAUUAUAUUUAUUGAUGAAAUUGAUUCAUUCUUGAGAGCAAGGGAUAAGAGUGAUCAUGAAGCCACUGCUAUGAUGAAAGCACAGUUUAUGAGUUUAUGGGAUGGGCUUGUAACAGAGCCUAACUGCCAGGUCAUUGUGAUGGGGGCCACAAACAGGCCGCAAGAUGUUGACAAAGCAAUUCUGCGACGCAUGCCAGCUGCCUUCCAUGUUGGCUUACCGGAUGAGAGACAAAGGGAAGAAAUACUACGGAUAAUCCUACAGAGUGAAAACGUUGAUGGUGAGGUGUUCCUGAAUCUAGACGAGUUGGCAGCUAUCACUUGUGGGUUUUCAGGCAGCGACUUGAGAGAAAUGUGUCGUACAGCUGCCAUGAACUGUGUAAGAGACUAUUUAAAAGAACGCCAGGAAUCGCGUGACGUCACUGAAUCUCAAGAGGACGAAGUGAUCGAUCACUCUUCUCUGAGGGCCAUCACCAUGGAGGAUUUAAACCAAGCAACUCUAAGAUUACAGCACAGCGCCAUGAUGAAAUCUGCGUGAUAGACCAAAAGUGUACCAUUGCCAGUCAGCCAUAAGAUUUGAGCACAGCGCCAUGAUGAAAUCUGCGUGAUAGUACCAAAAGUGUACCAUUUCCAUUCAGCCAUAAGGUUUGAGCACAGCGCCAUAAUGAAAUCUGCGUGAUAGUACCGAUAGCGUACCAUUACCAAUCAGCCAUAAGAUUUGAGCACACCGCCAUAAUGAAAUCUGCGUGAAAGUACCGAUUGCAUACCUAUACCAAUCAGCCAUAAGAUUUAAGCACAGCGCCACGAUGUGAUCUGCCUAAAGGAACCAACAUUGUACCAUUACCAGGAAUUGAUAAGACUCAAGGACAGCGCGAUGAUGAAUCUGCAUGAUGGUACCGACAUUGUACCAUUACCAAUCAGCCAUAAGAUUUGAGCAUAGCGCCCCGAUAAGAUCUGCCUAAAGAAACCAACAUUGAACCAUUACCUGGCAUUUUUAAGACUCAAGGACUGCGCCAUCCGAUAGUGUACCAUUACCAAUCAGCCAUAAGAUUUGAGCAUAGCGCCAUAAUGAAAUCUGUGUGAUAGUACCGCCAUUGUACCAUUACCAGUCAGCCAUAAGAUUUGAGCAUAGCGCCACAAUGAGAUCUGCCUAAAGGAACCAACAUUGUACCAUUACCAGGCAUUUAUGACUCAAGGACAACGCGAUGUUGAAAUCUGGCUGAUGGCACCAAUAGUCUACCUUUACCAGGCAUUUAUAAGACUCUGGCAUAACGCCAUGAAGAUCUGCCUAAAGGAACAGCAGGAAUACUCGCAAAAGCGGAUCUGUUUCCCUGAAUAGCCCUAUUUCUAGUUCCACUAUGACCGCUGGACUUACAGACUAAGGACGCAUAAAUACAGUGUAAGCCUCGACUUCAUGCACAUACCAGCGAGAAUCCUCUGGAACUUGGAAUAAAACAAUGCAAAAACCUGUGAAUACUUCAUGGUCUCGCUGGUAUUUGCCAUCGAUUCGAUUGAAACCGAGGCUUGCACUGUAUUUAUGCGUCCUCAGUGCCUAUGACCAGCAGGCACAGUGGAAUUCGAAACUGGACUAUUCAUUCGCAUAGAUGUCUAUGAAAUAAAACCUAAAUAGGGCUGGAGACUACGCAUAUUCUGUAACAGUUAUAACGCUAUACAAUAAAGUAUGUAACAGUUGCUAAAACAA